AUCCUCCUGCUCUCUGUACUCUUUGGCUCAACGUACAACAGAUUGUACACAAUCAUCAUGGCGACCCAGGCUGGAAGUGAAGAAGUCAUAAUGGAAACCGAGGCGAAGCCAGGAGAAGCUGAACAACUAGGCGAGGAAGCUGAAAAAGGCGAGGAAGCUGAAAAAGGUGACACAGAAACUCCGUCUCACACAGAUGCAGUAGACGCCACAACUCAGGACUCUAGUAUUAGCAACGGGGACGACGGGGACGACGAGCAGGAGAAGGUGGACUUGAAGAUCAUCUGGAACAAGAACAAAUACGAUCUGAAGAUUCCUGUCGAUAACACCGGAGCCCAACUCAAAGAGAGGAUCCACUCACUCACUGGUCUUCCACCUGCAAUGCAGAAAGUGAUGUACAAAGGAUUGCUUCCAGAGGACAAAACGCUACGUGAAAUAAAGAUUACAAACGGUGCGAAAAUCAUGGUGGUAGGAUCUACAAUAAAUGAUGUAUUAGCUGUGAAUACACCCAAAGAGGUCGUCCAGCAGGAAGUGAAAGCUGAAGAAAACAAGAAGGAGCCUUUAUGCAGGCAAAAGCAACACAGAAAGGUUUUGGACAAAGGUAAACCUGAUGACAUCAUGGCAUCUGUUAAAGGAACAAAGGAACGAUUACCAACAGUGCCUUUAUCUGGAAUGUUCAACAAGUCCGGAGGAAAAGUUCGACUCACAUUCAAACUGGAGCAGGAUCAGUUGUGGAUCGGAACAAAGGAGAGAACGGAGAAAGUCCCGAUGGGUUCCAUUAAAAACGUAGCGACUGAACCCAUCGAAGGCCAUGAGGACUACUACAUGAUGGCUUUUCAGUUGGGUCCAACAGAAGCGUCUCAAUAUUGGGUCUACUGGGUGCCCACGCAGUUUGUCGAUGCAAUCAAAGACACAGUCCUUGGAAAAUGGCAGUAUUUCUAAUGUGCCUCUUUUUGUGAACUGGGCUCGAGAGGAGGAGCCAAUGAGAAAUGAAACUGGAGUCAACAGUACGGCUGAAGGAACUUCUUGGAAUACAUUCAAAGGAACCGGACGGAUGCCUGUGGACUAAUCAUAUUGUUUUUAGGUUAAAAGUGCACUAUGCGGCAGCGUAACAAUUCUCAGCCCUGAUGAUUAUUCAAAGUUUUCAGCAAAUCCAAGGGAAAAUGAUGAAACAAUUGUACAGAAAUUGCUAACACUUUUCUUCAGUUAUUCUUAAAGAAAUAAAACUUAUUUAAUG